CAAGAAAGUAUUGAAAGUAUUUUAAUUAAGCAAGCAAACUAUGUCUCAAAUUUAUAGUAGUAUGGCUCAAUUCUAUUAUUUGCCUCCAAAUACAAGACUAACUACAUAUAAUAAAAGAAUUAACAUUAUUUUACACGUCUGAUACAUAUUAUUAACUGCACGAUCAGAGACUGCCCGGGGGGGACUUCUUAGGAAGGCUGUAAAGGGUGGGGGGUUCACUCGUUCCCAGCAUUUUAUAAUGACUCGCUAAUAACUCAAUUAUAUAACUUUUUUCAUUGUUUUUGUUUAUUUAUUUUAUAUUUAUUUACAGUAUUUAUUUGGACAUGAAGUGCUCUUCUAACAAAUCAUACAAAAUGUGAGAUUUUAUUGACAAAUUAUCAUGUCUAUCAAAUUUUAAACCAGUAUAUUGAUGGGCCAAUGAUUUCAUGGCAAAGUCAAAAUUUGACUUUUAUAUGGAUUGUGAAUUAUUGAUAGAAGCAGAAAAAGAUUGGAUUAAAUCAGUACUGGAACAAUAUAGAGUUUCCUACACUCGUGGUUUUAUACCUGACGAAGAUCCACUGGUAAUAAUAUUUAAUUACUUAAUUAAUAAUAAUUUGUUAUAUUUAUUUAUUUAACUACCGGAAAGCAACCAUAUUAAAGGUGAUCUACAGUCCGAUCUGCGCAUGUGCACAAAUGAGCCCACUUUUUAUGAUACAAACAGUUUAACUAUGUUUUGAGUUCUUGAAAAGCUUGAUUGUUGUUUCUUGAUCAUUUAUUAUACUCUAGAAGCUUGAAAAUAGAAAUAGUUGUCGAAUAAAGCUCAAUAUUUUGGACACAAAAAUGUAAACAAAGGCUUUGUUUACAUACGGACUGUAGAUCACCUUUAAAAAUAUAAAGCCCUGAGCUUAUACAGUUAUAUAUAAAGUACUCGAUUGUAAGCAUUUUUUGAUGGGCUUUGUAAACUGUAAACGAAAAAAUAUAAACAAUUUAACAUACAGUGUCAGUCUAUAUAUACAGUAGUCUAUAUAGAACAAAUUAUGUAACAUAUUAUAAUACUGUGAAUAUGUAAUUAAUUGUCACUUGUCUGAAUUGUUGGAAUCCCCGUUGAUACGUUAAUAAAUACCUGUCCAAUAAUAAGCUCAUGGACUUACACUCGGAGGGGCUUAUAUUUGGGGGGGGGGCUUAUAUUCUCAGGUUAUGGUCACUGUGAUUGCUCAAUUAAGACUCUCCCCUUUCAAUAUGAGUAAAAUCGCACAGUGUUAAAAUUGUAGAAUAAAAUUGCAGUUUAAUAUACUAGGUUAAUCACAACAUAUUUAAGUUCAGUUAUUCUUGAUGAAUUAAUGAAUCCAUAGUAUUACCCAUUAACUUUAAUAAAGGUGCAUUGCGCCCUAAUUAAUCCUACUUUAUUAUAUUUUACUCUGUCCAACGCCAGACGAUUUUAAUCGUCAAGGGGAAAUAUUAAUUAGCGCUGGUGCUUAGUGGGUUAUUAUUUAUCCAUGUAUCAAAACCCACUCCUGUCAACAUAUUUCACUGCAGGGAGGAAGUCAAAGUCCCCUAUAGAGAAAACUGACCCUGUAAAAUUCUGACCAUCCUGUCAUAAAUACAUAUAUAUUUUUUAUUCCCAAUUUUGUAGCUUGAGUUUAAAGAUCCAUAUUUCUCCCCAUGGGAUGAGAUAGUCAAAGACUUAGCUCAUCUUAUUCAAUGUGGAAAGCUUCGUGAAGCUGUGGAAAAUGUGAGUUAUUAAUUUUGUUCCACCCUCGACGAAUCUCGAUCUUCUUAGCAAUAAGCAAUUAUCAUGCAGCGAAUGGCAGUGUUGUAACGAGUCGAGUCAUUGACUCUGACUCGAGUCAACUCGAGUCGCUAUUUUCAGCGACUCGACUUGAGUCCAAAACGAAAAAUGACUCGACUCGACUCGAGUCAACAGCCCCAAAUGACUCGACUCGGACUCGACUUGCUGAUUUUGCUGUAAAUGACUCGAGUCAACUCAGCUACAACUUGUACAGAGUAAAUUCAUCACAAUUAUUGUGAUUGUAUUGCUUGGGAAGAACAAUGAGCCCUGUAAACAAUGAGAACUUUGAAACUUUAUAAGAAAAUAUAUGGGAUUUGCAUAGAAUAUAUUCCUGACGGGCAUAUACCUAUAUUACAUUCCUGUUUUUAGAAACAACGCUAGUGCCACAGUUUUUAAAAUUGAGUUUCAAAAUUUUUCGUCCUUAUACUAAUUCUGACAGGCUAUUUUCAUUUUUAGUAUUUAUGAAGGGCUAUAUAAUUUCAAAUUAACUUACAAAGCGUUGUUAAUUAAAGUCUAUUCUUUGUUAAUUCUGACUCCAGUUGCAACUUUUGCUAGUUGUAUGUACGUGCACUCGAUCAGCAGGCAUGAUGAGACAUCUCAUGUGGUUGUACUUAAUAUUGACUAAAACUGUGAUAUUGGCACAGCCUAUAGCUGCCCAGAUACUGUUAUUAAAUGACUAAAGUAAUUAGUUUAAAAUGCAAAUUUGAUUACUAAUUUCCGACUGCAAGCUAGGGUAGCUCAACUCAAGUCUAGAAAUUGACUCGACUCGACUUAAAUCAGUGACUCGACUUGACUCGAGUGAAGCCGCUGACUCGAGUGAAGCCGCUGACUCGACUCGACUCGAGUGAAGCCACUGACUCGACUCGAUCAAAAACUGAAAUGACUCGACUCGUGACUCGACCUUCGAGUGACUCGACUCGACUCGUGACUCGACCUGUAGGUGACUCGUUACAACACUGGCAAAUGGUGCAAUAGUCGAUCAAUCUGCAGAGAGAUACACAUAUCUGAUUUUGCAAGCAACUGUGAACUGUAAACGUUUUUCUGUGUUGUUACUUUUCAUAUUUCCAUUUGAAACGACCAACUGUAUACAAAUGGGGGAAAGUGUAAUUCUUACAAACAAUUAGCCAAUAGUAGUAUCAGGGUUAGGAAAUCGUAUUAAUUUGUUGUAUUACGUGUAGCAGUCUUGUAUUGGAGACAACUAUAUAUAAAUGCUGCAAUGCUUUGUCUACUGUAAAACCACCAAUUGUCCUUCACAUUCAGAUGCCAUUGUUAGAUCAUACUAAACUGGGUGGUGAACAAGACUGGGAUAGAGCAAAUUUGGUUCUCUCGGCGAUUGGAAAUGGAUAUGUCUGGCAAAAUGGUGAAGACGAUCCUGUCAAGGUAAUAAUUGCGAAUCAUAAUAAACCUAUUGAGCACUUUCCCUUCAGAAGUAAAAUUAUUUGGCAUUAGACAGAGUAAAGUAUUAAAGUACGAAGCCCUGGUGCAUUAACCCAUUGAGUCGCAUUGCGCUCUGAUGCACCCUACUUUAUUAUUUUACUCUGUCUAACACUGGUCAGAUUAUUUUACUCUAAUGCCAGACAAUUUUACUCGUCAAGGAGAGAGCGCUUGCGCUUAAUGGGUUAAGGGCAUGAAAAUGGCCCCUUAUAUGUAGUUGAUUAUAAUGGAGUGUGAUGACACUCUAGACACUCAGGUUUCAGUAUAUCAUAUUUUAAUAUUUAUUAUAAUUAACACACAUUAUGCAAGGCUGGCUUACAACAUAACUAACUGGAUUACAGAUCCCAAAUUACCACUAUAUCUUAUCUAGUAAUCACUAUCAUCAGAAGUUAUUUUGUGACCUACAGUAGUUGCAUCACUCAAUGAUUGAUGGUAACUCUUAAAUGCACCCAUUUUUAUUUAUUUUUUUUUCUUAUUUUUAGGUUAUCCCAAAAUGUUUGGCAGUGCCGUGGGUUUCAGUGGCAGAACACUCGGGUGAGAGGGACGAUCCAUCACAAUGCUUUAUUCAUCUGAUGUAAAUAACUAAAUGAAUCAGUGUCUAGGUGAACUAGCCAGGAAUUCAGGGCUUGAUAAACUGGGUGGGGUACAGGGGGCCAUGUGUUCCUCCUAACCUAAAGUAAAAGGGGGUGCAAGGUUGGUGCCAAUAUAUCCUUAUCAUAUCCAUUUUUUGUUUGGAAAGGCACUAUAUCUUGGCUAGUACCACCCUAAACCAACUGGUUGCCCAGAAUGCUGCUACCUGUAACUUUCUCUACAGUGCCUUUUUUAAGGAAUUUUCACUGGGGGGACAAAACAGGGAAAAAAGGCGGAACGAAAAAUAUGAGCCGUCGAGGUUUGGCGAACUCACGAGUCUGAAGAGAGAUUUUGUAAAACUUUAAUUUAUUAACUUCAGCUAUAUUUUACUUUAAACAAUAACUUCAACUCUUUGUAGCUAUAGUCGUACAGCUAUAACCAGUGGCGUAGCCAAACCUUAAUUUUGCGAGGGAGGGGGGGGCGAACUUCAGGCCAAAUGCGUGAGACUGUCUAGGAGGGUCUGGGGUCCGGAAAAUUUUGAAAUCUAGGGUCCCUGAAUUGCGAUUUCGGGGGUAAAAUUUAGCAGAAUUCCGAAGAUUAUAAAGUACAUCGAAGUCAUGAAUUUUUGCAGACAUUUCUACUCGGAAUUAAAUAAAUUGGAAAAGUCACCUUGAAAAAUAGGAGGAGGGGUCAGUGUCACCUUAUUUCCUCUCUGUGAUCUGGGGGGGGGGAUCCCAAUGUGAUUUUGAUCAGAAAUGUUGCAUUUAAAUCAUUUUAGGUUCUAUGAGACACCAUUUCCACAUUCUCAAAAUUGUGUUGCUUUUCAUACGAUACAGAAUAAGUCUGAGAAGAAAUAUUCAUGCUAUGAUGAUGCAUACAUGUAUUUAACAGUUAAAAAUCUAAACUAAAUCAUUCUAAUUUCUUCUUGGAACCAUAUCUACAACUGCUUUAACGAGAUUUUACAAAUCAAGUUCCUCCAGUAUAUCGUCUUUUUCCUCAGUCGAGACGUACUUAAUCAGUUUCAGCUUCGAGCAUGUAACGUGUACUCCCCCCCCCCCAAUUUCUCUACGGAUUUAGCCUUUCUCAGAGAAUGGUUUUUGUGGCGAUUGGGGGGGCUCUUAAUAUAACUUGAUAUUUUUAAGAAAAAAAUUUUGCAAUUAAACCUCCCAAAGCAAAAAAAACACAACACCUCUGCGGAGGAGAGUGCUAGGAAAUAGUCGCAAGGCUUGGAAAGGUUAGCAUUUUAUCGGAUUGUUUGCAUGAAAUCUAUCGCUAUUAUGAAAUACUCGGUGAAGAACAAUAUGAAUUACACACAAGAUGGCUGUGGAGGAGGCUAUGGAAGGGCGUAUUAAUCUCAUUAUCAAGUAACUCAACUGCAAUUCUGACAGCAAUCAUGAGCAAUUCUGCUUCGCACUUCGGGGGCAGAAAUGGCUUUACUGGGGGGGGGGGGCAAAUUCUUUCCCUGGGGGGCAAUUGCCCCCCCCCCCAGAUAUAUAGUUAAAAAAGGCACUGUUUCUCUACUGAUUAUAUGCACUUGGUCGACAGUCACACCCUGAACCAUAUAAACCAAGUCUCGAUGAGGCAUAAAAAAAAAUACCUGUGGUUCCGGUUCCCGACCAACCUUAUUUUUUUCUGCCGACUCUAUUAUUUUUUUCAACGCGAUUGACCGUGCAACCCUAUUUUCUCCAGGUGCAUGCAUGGUUGAGGGCUGCUCAUACAGCAUGCCAAAAUGGCAUCUGUUGUCACACUAAUUAUUGAACCAAAUUGCCUAAAUUCGUCCAUAGGAAAUACACAUCUCUAGUUAAUAUUGAUGGGACUCUACUGCAAAUCACCCAGCAAAAAAAACGCCAAAACCAUGAAAAAAAUAUUUAAAAAAAAAAUUAUUUCCGACCUACCGACCCUAAUUUUUUCACGAUAUGAAACCGGAACCACAGGUAUUUUUUUUUACGCCUAACCUAAAGCAAAAGGGGGUGCAAGGUUGGUGCCAAUAUAUCCCUAUCAUAUCCAUUUUUUGUUUGGAAAGGCACUAUAUCCUAGUACCACCCUAAACCAACUGCUUCCCCAGAAUGCUGCUACCUGUAGCUUUCUCUACUGAUUAGAUGCAUUUGGUCGACAGUCACACCCUGAACCAUAUAAACCAAGUCUCGAUGAGCACACCUCCCCCACCCCCUCCCUUCCCAGUUCUCACAGGAUCCAUCCCUGGAUAGAAUAACGGUGAUGGUUCUAGGAACAAAUCUGGGGCUUGAUAUUUCCUGAUACAGUAGUUCAUCUAAUGCUCAUGAAUUUAUAGGAUGGUUGGAAUUUUGUGUCGUAUUUUACACGCAGACAAAUUGUCAGACAAGCUACAGUAUCUUAGCCCAAGUUCCUUCACUGACAGGCGGAUUAUCUACGGUUGUCCUUUGUACGAAUUGGGUGGUGGGAACCAUCCAUUAUCGGGUGGUUACUGGUUAUAUAUACCUUUAAUAUAUUUACAUCCUAAUAUUUUAUAUUUUGCAGGUGCUUGUCCUGUAAUUGGCCAUUGGAAUGGAAUGCUUAAUAACUGGAGGAUCAAAGAUAAGACAAGGUAAAUGUGGACUUUAACUUUAAGGGGCUGUUUAUGGGCAAUUCCACAUGAGAGCUGAGAAAACACCAAAAAUUUAGACCAGGAGACUUUGAUAAAAACUACAAAUUUGUGGAGUACAUACUUUAUGUUUUUAUUGAUCGGAAAUCAUUAUGAACCGUCUUAAGAAACCUGGACAGGCCUAGAUUUAAUAUGAAUAUGUGAAGUAUUCGUACUAUGUAACGUCCCCAGCGAAGAAGUGUAAUGUCCGCAACAGCUCAUUUGUCUUCUUGGUAAAAACAGAAAAAAUAACUAGAAAUACAAUAUUGAUAUUUGCAAACUCAAAUAGUUCCCCUAAACGUUUUCAUUUCAUGGGAAAGUACGAUCACACAUUGUUGCCAAAUACACAUGGUUCAUUUUCGUGACAUCCGCAAUGCAUAUAUUUCCUUUAAUUUAAGAAGAACUAAAGUGAAAACAUUGGGAUUGUACCAGUGGCAUUUUUCUUUUACCAUGUACAGUACCUACAAAGACAUAGCAUUACAGUUUUUUUGCUUUUAAGCUAUAUUGAAAAAUAUCCUUAUUAUUUUGUCCCAAUGGCAAUGUAACGUCUGUAACAAAGAAAUGCUCUUACUUGUAUAUGCAUGAACUUGGUUAGCCGCACUGAGAGGUUAGCAAGCCAAAAUCGUCCGAAAUUAAAACUUGUUUUCAAGUGAAUAGUGCAAGGCCAAGGGUCAUUUGCAAAAGUCAAAUUCAUGCUUAUAAUAACACCAAUUUAAGAAAUAAAAAGUUUUAUCCAGAAAAAUAUCCAUUUCAGUUAAUAUCAUGAUUGUCUGGUAAACGAGGUGUUUUUGCUAGCCUGGUUACCUGGAUGGUGUCUAAUUUACAUGGUCUGGACCAAUUUCAGCCCAGCUAACCUGGUGUCCUAAGACUCAAGUGAGAUCCCAGCCACACGGCUCGCCUCAUGCGUGGCAGACUGGCAAUUGGCAAACCAGUCUCACAUAAAGACUUUAACUAAAAGAGCCCCUUCUUGUUCUUUAUACUUUUUAUUGUCUUUUUUCUAUGACAUUAACAGACCCUUGGAUAUAGAGUAAGUAUCGCUUGCUUUUGCAGCGUGUGAGCAUAAGCAAAAGCACGAUUAUUUGUCAUGGAGCAUUUGUCAGUUUUUGUAAUUCAUAUACUGUUUAUGUAUGAUAUCUUACAGUAAUAUAGAUACACAGUUUGUAUUCACUGGGUCAAAAGAUGAAUUUUGGUUUUGUGCCGUUACGUGGCAGUUAGAACUGCACGCUGUACCUGGUAUUAAGGUAGCUUAAUUAAACUCUAUUAAUUACUGAAUUAAUCUAUUAAACUAAGUAACUUUCUAACUGACUAACUAAACUGAAAUUACUGAAUAAUCUUUCGAGUGUCAAUUUUUCUUUUACUUCGUUUAGAGCGUGGUGGCAGCACAAAAGGUACAGUACUGUACGUUCCUUAACCGAUUAUUACUUUUGGUAAUAUCAGUUUAAAUUUUAAUUACUAAUCGCUCAGAGGAUAAGGGGCUGAUUAAUACAUGGGAAUUUUUCAGCCCGGGCUGAAUUUCAACCCGGUUAAAUUCUAUUCUAUAUCUAUAAAAAAACCUCAUCUUGGUCAACUUUUUCACUGUCAAAGUUUCCAGAUAUGAUGUCAUUAAGUGAAUUUUUAGUACAAAAAACAAAGGAAAACUAAUUUGCAAUUCACCUAAUGACAUCAUAUCCGGAAACUUUGACAGUGAAAAAGUUGAUCAAGAUGGAAUUUUUUAUUAUAACUAUAUAUUACAUUUCUUCUUCGAGUGACCCAAAUAUUACACAUACAAAAAAUCAUAUUUGGGGUUAGUCGCACUUUUAACCAAGCUGAAAUUGUUUCAUGAUUACAUGGCAAAGUUUAGCCCGGAUGAGUUAGGAUUUCAGUUUAAACCGGGGUGAAAUCUCAGCCCGGGAUGAAACGACCAAGUCGCAAAAAGGAGCUAUUCCGCUUCUUCGAAGAAUUUAAAAUAUUGUUCAUAUCUAUUAUUUGACUUCGGCGAGACGUGGUUGCAUUUAAAAAUACAACAGACAGAAAUAAAGCCACUUAAACGCUGUUUUUUCAACCCGCGUUGAAAUGUCCCGUCGAUCACAUGACGAGUUUCAAGCCGGUCAACCGGGAUGAAAUUUUCAGCCCGGGUAGUUUCAAAUUUUGCUCUCUGAAACAAUAAGGGAGGAGGGGGUGGGGGGAAAGAGAGGCACAUUGAUAAUAGAGGUUUGAAAAGGGGGAAUAAGACCCCUUUCCGAACUACAUAAUAAGGCAUGGCUCUUACUAGAGUUACUAGAGACAAAAUGUUAUUCGUGCACGUAGGUUACUAUGUAAUAUGUCAUCUUCCUAGGCUGUGACAGAUAAUAAUUACGAGUUACUACAGUCAUGUUUGGUCACUAUACGGAAAACAAUCGAGCAAUUGAAGGCAACGUUGGAAAGAAUGUUUGGUAAUGUUAAAUAGGCAAUUCCAGCUAUAGACUAAAUUUUGAUCUACGCCAGAAGAACGAAAUCCAUCACCACAGCUAGAAAGAGCAUGUUAGAAUUAGUAAAACUGCAAAGAUUGGUUGCGAAAUGUUGUAAAAUGAGGAAAAUAUUGUCCUGCGAAAUUUGCCAAUUUUAUAUUAAUUUCUUUUAUGCGCGGGAAAAUGCACCACAUUUGGGCUGAAAGUGGUGCAUUUUCCCGUGCGUAAUACAAAUUAAUACAAAAUUUGCAAAUUUCGUACGGCUAUAUUUUCCGCAUUUUACAACAUGUCGCAACCAAACUUUGCAAUUUUACUUAUUGUAACAUGCUCUUUCUUGCUGUGGUGAUGGAUUUCGUUCUUCUGGCGUAGAUCAAAAUUUAGUCUGUAUGCUGCAUAUAGUUUGGUUGGCUCUUGGCAACUGAUCUUGGUGGUUAGAGCGAUGAAUCGCAGGGCCGCUGUUCGAUUCUUGCCGAACGACCUUUAGUAUGCUGUUGUAUUUUUCGCAUCUGCAUGGACAAUAUCUGUAAAGUGCAGAACUACUAGAAAUGUAUUUUGACUUCAAAUUUUCAUUCUUUUAGAGCAUUGUCAUCCAGAAUUCUUUUAUACAAAGUUACGAAUAUUUUUAGCCGGGUAUGCAAUCUUUACCGAGUUUAAAAUUCAGAAUUUGGCAUCCUCAGAGAUGAUAUCGAAGAUUUUUUGCUGAUCUUCUUUCGCCAUUUUAUAGUUGGAAAAACUACAAGAAAUUUCCCGAAGGAAUGCUUUAUGAAGGAGUCAGUUCAAAACCAUUGCAGGUGUGUGCUAGGGCUGCACAAUAUAGCGGACCAUUAUCAUUUAUAGACCUGGAGCGAGGGAGAUUCGGCGAAAUAUUGCCCGAAGUGAUGAUAUUUCCCGAGGGGCUUUGCCCUGAGGGAAAUAUCAUCACUGAGGGUAAUAUUUCGCCGAAUCCCCCGAGCGGAGAGUCUAUAAAUGAUAUAUUAUACCGAAAAUUAAAAGCCUCAAAGUUGAGAAUUAAAAACUUGACACAUACCUUCGUGAAUACGAUGUUUUAUUUUCGGAUUAACGCAAGUAUCGUCGCUUUUCUUUCGAAUCACAUAUCGUUUGGAAUAUUAAUGACAAAGCUCCGGGUUUUAGGUUUGAAAAAGCCCCAGGUUUUAGGUUAAAAAUUGAAUUAUUCAUCACUCAUUAAUACUAUUUAUGUUUUGUCGGCCAUCUUAAGCUUCCUGAUUGAACAAUUUGAAUUUGAGGUAUAAUAUUACUGUAUGACCAUUGGUCCCAGAAAAUGUUUGAGGUUGGCAGAAAAAAAUGAAGGGUAAAAAGUCUUAAAGGACAUUGGCAAUAAAAAAUUAGUAUGUCUCAUUCAAAAGAACUCUUAAAAUUAUAUAUUAAACUCAAUUACCGAUUUGUCAUAUUUUGCUUAGUUUUCGAAAUAUUUAGACCGAAAUUAAUGAGCUUUCCGCCAUCUUGGAAAAAUUCUUUACCUCAUUAACUAGGUUUUGAUGACGUCAGGAGUUGGGUUAACCAUAUAAAACUACUCGAAAAUGACCGAAUAACAAUCCAAAAUUGUUUGAAAUGUUUUUAAUCAUUUUAAAUUUCUGACAGCAACCAGAAACGAAGUUUUGGACCCAUAUUGAUUGCUUACUCUCAAGAUAAAAAAUUAGCGUGACCCCUCUCUUGACGUAACAUGCAUAUCGUCAAUAAUCCAAGAUGGCGAACAGCUCACUUUUUUCAGUCGAAAUAUUUUGAAAACUAAGCAAGAUAUAAACAAUCUGUAAUAGAGUUUAAUAUGUAGUUUUAAGAGUUCUUUCAAAUGAACUAAACUAACUUUUUAUUGCCAAUGUCCUUUAAAGGAAAGAAAGUGAAGAAAGUUAGAGGUUGAAUAAGGAAAGGAGAAACAGAAAGAAAGGAAAUGAGACCAAAAGACACAACAGUGUACUAUACUGCAGUGAUUGCUCACAGUCUAGUCAAACUAAAUAUUUAAAGAAUAUACAAUCUCAUGAAUUCUCAUGCAUUAAUUUUAAAUAGCAUUUUGAAUUUACUGAUUCAUAAUAAUAUUAAAAUUCGGUCAGUGUACCAUUUUAGGGGUCAAAAAUUUUUUCGGGACAUCCCAAAAUUUUCCGGAACCUAACAAAAAUUUUGGAAAUAUCACAAAAUUGACCACAAAAUUUUACAGAAUUUGUCCCAUUUAUUUUGAAAAAAUAAAUUGCCCGACUGUUCAGCGAAUAUUGCCCGACUGCCCAACAAACUGGGCCAGCCGCCUGGUACGCCCAUGCGAAUCACUGAAUGACAAUUUUGAGUCUAAGUGCAGACUAUCAUGGUAAAUUAUGUACAUUAGCGUGUUUAAAAACAGUUAAGUAAUAUACAGUAUGAACAACGACAGCGAGUGUUUCAAUUUCGAGUGUUUGGAUAUCCCGGUGAGAUACGAGCUCGAGUUGUUUAUAUGGCUUCUCAAAUGAAUCGAGACGUAAGAGAAUGUUUUCGUUUGCUGAUUUGAAUACAAUUCUUAACCCAGCAUAACGUAAUUAGGAAUUCUAUUCAAGUAAUUUUGCAUGCGUAAUUAAGAUAUUUGAUGAAAACACUAGUGACUUUCAUCAAGUUUCACCGGGUUAUCCAAAUGGCAUCUUGUGAUCAAAUAGGUGAUUAUCAUUUGUUGAAUUGCUCAUGAAUUAUUAAUGAAUUUGAGAAAUUAAGUUUAAUACACUUUAACCCAUUGAGUGCAUGUCAGCACUCUCCACUUGACGAGUAAAAUCGUCUGGCGUUAGGCAGAGUAAAAUGUUAAAGUAGCGCGCAUUAGGGUGGAUUGCCACUUAAAGGGUUAAGAGGAUGCAUUGGGUAGUUUGUUUUGUUAACCCAUUGAGUGGCAGCACUCUCCACUUGACGAGUAAAAUCGUCUGGUUUUAGACAGAGUAAAAUGCUAGUAGUAGUAGGACGCAUCAAGGUGCAUUGCCACUUAAAGGGUUAAUAGAGCUUAGUCCUUAGUUUGGCUUUUGGUGGUAGGCUACUAUUACCAGCCUAGACUGCCACACAAUUCAUCCACAAACAAAGACCAACCAAUACCCGUGAGAUGAAAUUAAAUUAGGAAAACAUGACAUUGCCAGUGGUUUACUUACAGAACAUUUUUACAUUGGCCUUGCGGUCCCAAAGAAUGAAAUAUUUUUUGCAGCCCUGAACUGUGUACUGGACAGCUAGCUUUUUGUCAUCCAAUAGAACAUAGCCAUAUAUAAAAGAAUUUCAGCAUUCACUCUGAUAAUUACAGGUUGCCCUGUACCAUAUCUGUUGUAUGACAGCGCUUAGUGAAACUCACCUACCGUGGAUAAAUAAACCAAUUUGCUGAACUAAUUUAAUGUACAUGUCAGUUUUCAGGAGGCAGUGCCGCACAAAGUACAACAUUUCAAGUAUUUGAUGCAGUUCUUGGUAUAGUUCAUCCGAAAGUAGAAGGUACAGUAUGUGUAAUUUACAGUAAACGACCACCCAAAGAAAUUCCUGAUGGCUACCAUCAUCCAUGAUCCAUGAUGUUCAUCUACCAUCCUGAGAAAGCGUCGAAGUGUUUUUAUCUUUUUCAUGCAGCUCAGACACAAACCACGACAGUUUAUUGUAGAAUACUACUUACACUGGACCACCACAUUUGAGAUAUCUUUUUCAGGUAGUUCAGACACAAACCACGGCAGCUUUAUAUUGUAGAAUGUACCUACACUGGACCACCACGUUUGAGAUAUCUUUUUCAGGUAGUUCAGACACAAACCACGACAGCUUAUUGUACAAUACUAUCCACACUGGACCACCACGUUUGAAAUAUCUUUUUCAAGUAGUUCAGACACAAACCACGACAGAUUAUAUUUGUAGAAUACUACCUACAUUGGACCACCACGUUUGAAAUAUCUUUUUCAGGUAGUUCAGACACAAACCAUGACAGCUUAUUGUAGAAUACUACCUACACUGGACCACCACGUUUGAGAUAUAUUUUUCAUGUAGUUCAGACACAAACCACGACAGCUUAUUGUAGAAUACUACCUACACUGGACCACCACGUUUGAGAUAUCUUUUUCAGGUAGUUCAGACACAAACCACGACAGCUUAUUGUACAAUACUACCCACACUGGACCACCACGUUUGAAAUAUCUUUUUCAAGUAGUUCAGACACAAACCACGACAGAUUAUAUUUGUAGAAUACUACCUACUGUACAUUGGACCGCCACGUUUGAAAUAUCUUUUCAGGUAGUUCAGACACAAACCACGACAGCUUAUUGCACAAUACUACCCACACUGGACCACCACGUUUGAAAUAUCUUUUUCAAGUAGUUCAGACACAAACCACGACAGAUUAUAUUUGUAGAAUACUACCUACAUUGGACCACCACGUUUGAGAUAUCUUUUUCAUGUAGUUCAGACACAAACCACGACAGCUUAUUGUAGAAUACUACCUACACUGAACCACCUCGUUUGAGAUAUCUUCAGGCAUUUCAGACACAAACCAGGACAGCUUAUUGUAGAAUAUUACACUGCAUGGCAUCACUUUUUAUGUAUAGUUCACAACAAACGACUCUGCAUGAAAAUCCUUUAAUUCUCUCAAUAUUUACUUCACAUUUAGAUGGACAAAAAGCGUUUUUGGAAUCAAUGCUUGACUACAUGCCAAGGUGGCACAGAGAAUUUGUUCUGUACGUGAGAAAUGGUCCUUCAGUUCGCGACUAUGGUUAGUUAGACCGACCGUCGGCUAUAAGUAUGCCGAAAUCCAGUUAUCCUUUAUAGCCACAAACCGCCGUGGCUAUAAGUAUGCCGAAAUCUGGUAUCCUUUAUGGGCGCAAUUGGAAGGACACAGCUCAACCUGUUCAUGUGAGAUGAAAGAAUUGAAAUAAAUGCCAUAUAUUAAUAUGAUCAUAUAUUUUAGUACAGAAGAGCAAUGAUAACAAUCUAAAGGAACUCUAUAAUGAUUGCGUGGAAAGUUUAAUCCAGUUUCGAAGUUUUCAUGUUCAAAUCGUCACGAGGUUAGUCCAGCUUUGUCUACAGUUCAGUUCCGGUGGGCGAUCCGCUCAUCGGUCGGGUUGAUCGAUCUAAAGGCCGAUUUCCAUUCAGUGCAAAAUGUCGCAGGAUAGAUUUUUUGCGAUCGCUUUCUUUUGAAAUGUGUGCAGUUAACUACAGCUAAUGAGAUUUGUUCCGCUUGACUGUUUGUAUUUCAAAAGAAAGCGAUCGCAAGAGAUCGAUCGCGCAACAUUUUGCACUGAAUGGAAAACCGCCUUAACACGUGUUGACCACUGACGGUAUUUUUAGUAUACAAUACACAAAUAAAGAAUGUUUAUUCGUGCAAUGGUAAGAAUAUUUUCAUGAGGUGAAACAUGGAAUGUUCCAUUCAACGAGGCGACAGCCGAGUUGAAUGGAACAUUCCAUCUUUCACCGAAUGAAAAUAUUCGUACCAUUGUACGAAUAAACAUUAUUUAUUUGUGUAUUGUAUACUAAAAUGCACGAAUAAACAUUCAUUAUUUGUUUUAUAUAAUACCAAAGUAGACUAAUAGAAUAAAGUGCAAUGGAAUAAAACGUAAGAGUGCAAUGGAAUAAAACGUAUAGUACAAUUAAUCGAUUCAUUACGUAAUGUUUCUAUCAACGCC